GAGCGGUACAUCGGCUAAAUGUCACAGGUGCAACGACUAAUGACAAGAAAGCAGCAAUACAGCAUUCAUACGGAUGCCAAGACUCGGAAGGGGGCCCAUUCCGCAAUCUAGCAUCGCCUCUUGGGAAACUUCUUCCUGGUCGCCAACGCCUGCCCGAAUGCCAACGACUCCAAACAAGUGCCGGGAAUGAGAUCAGGGCUCUAAUCUUCCUCCAGCCUUCGAGGCUUUGGGAUGAUGAUGAUGAUGAUGAUAGUGGCGGGGAUGAUGAUGAAGUUUUAUAGAUAUGGGUGGACACACUGCCCUCUAGUGGCAACAGUGAAUAUGCCAUAACUCAUCUAACAUGGCUGAAUCCAGCUGCUCCCCGCUAAGACCAACAUAAGGGUGCACUUAGUCGUCGUUCCUUUCUUCCUUCCUUUUGUGCGCUUGUACUCACUGGUCACCUGCCCUUUGCGCAGACAUAUUUAGGUUGAUUCCUAAAUAAGGAAGCGGAGCGCGGCCCCGCUGCUCCUCGUCUGCGUCUCUGAGCCCGAGGUGGGGUGAACACUGUCUGAGGAGCUCUCCGGUGGUCAGACACAAGGCGGAAGAGACAGAUAGAGUGAGGGUGGGCAGAUAGAGGAAGGGAGGAAAAGGGAGGGAGGAAGCGACAUCCCCGCCGCCCGUCUUUGGGAAGCCACCUCAGCGUGAAACCCGCGCUGGACGUUCACGUGCUUCCGCUGAAUGGUUCAGUAGACAGCAGGUCGAAGCGGGGACAUGUUUGCUCGCACCUGGCCCCCCUUAAAAUUGACUGAUUUCAACUCUGGGAGUCUCUGAAAAGCUUUUUUUUUUGUCAUUUUAGAUUUUUGUGAAGCUUCAUUCAGCCGGACCCCCCUCCAGCUCGUCCCGGGGAUCCGAUGCUAACGGGGCAGCUGAGCAAGCCGCUGCUCUCCCUCAUGCGCGGCGACAUGAGUGCGCUGGAACUCGGCGGCCGGGCCGACGACAAAGUGGCCGGCAGCCCCGACAGCGAGCUCCACGACGAGGCCAUGAUACUGCCGGCCGAGGGGCCCGACCGAGAGGGGACGCCGGGAAAACUGUACGGAGCCCGCGAGAGUUCAGUCCAGUCAGACAUCAGCAGCAGUCCUUCUGAGCAGAGUCAAGUGGGGCAGUCUCAUCCGGGGUAUCCCGCCAUGGGUCCGCAGUCUCUGCUGGUGGCCCAGCAGUUGGCCAACGCUGUGGGCGGCGUGAUGUCCGGGGCAGCCGCGGGCAUGAACCAGCCCAUCCUCAUCCCCUUCAACGCUGGCGGCCACCUGGGCGGCCAGCAGGGUUUGGUGCUCUCGCUACCCGCUACCAACCUCCAGAGCUUGGUGGCCGCGGCCGCUGCCGGCGGCCUCAUGACGCUGCCCCUACAGAAUCUGCAAGCUACCUCAACUCUCAACUCCCAACUCCAACACCUGCAGCAGCUCCAACAGAUGCACCACCAUCACCACCAGCAGCAGCAGCAACAACAACACCAUCACCACCAACACGUCCAGAACCAAGUUUCAUCCCAGCACCAUCACAUGACCCCGCCUAGUCAGCAGCAGUCCUCUGUGCCGUCGCCGGGUUCUGCAUGCUCCUCUACAUCUGGGCAACCGCCACAGUCGCCGCCGUCGCACCGGCCGAACCAGUCGCCCGCUCGGAGCUUACCGUCACCUGUCACGCCACCCAUGCCUCUGCCGCCACUGAACCCUCUGGCCAGUCAGGUGGCGGCGGCCGCCGCCAUGGGGUCUCUAGCCGCCGGCUCGCAGGUGUUCGGCAACGCCCUGACCAACCUGCAGGGCGGCGGAAGUGGAGGGCAGCUGGUGACCAACGCGCAAGGACAGAUAAUUGGAACAAUUCCACUGAUGCCCAACUCGGCAGGACCCUCCAGCCAAUCAGGGGGCAGCAACCCAGCUCUGCAGGUGCCGCCGAUUACCCCGCAGCUCCUGACCAACGCUCAAGGCCAGAUCAUCGCCACGGUGAUCGGCAAUCAGAUCCUGCCUGUCAUCAACACCCAGGGAAUCACGCUGUCGCCAAUCAAGCCCGGACAGCAGAGCCAGCAGGGCCCGGCGUCCUCGUCGCCAUCUUCGUCGUCCUCGCAGCCCGGCCUGCUCCACGCGGCCCACCGGCACAGCCCCCUCCACCAGCCCUCUUCGUCCUCGUCCAGCUCGUCUUCGUCCUCCGCGCUCAGCGUGGGACAACUAGUCAGCAACCCCCAGACGGCUCCCAGCGAGGUGGACGGCGUCAACCUGGAGGAGAUCCGCGAGUUCGCCAAAGCCUUCAAGAUUCGCCGUCUCUCCCUGGGCCUGACCCAAACCCAGGUGGGUCAGGCCCUCAGCGCCGCCGAGGGGCCCGCCUACAGCCAGUCCGCCAUCUGCAGACACACCAUCCUGAGAAGCCACUUUUUCCUACCGCAGGAAGCCCAAGAGAACACGAUAGCUAGCAGUCUGACAGGCAAACUGAACCCUGGCCUUUUAUAUCCUGCCAGGUUUGAGAAGUUGGACAUCACCCCUAAAAGCGCCCAGAAGAUUAAGCCGGUUCUGGAGCGCUGGAUGGCGGAGGCUGAGGCCCGCCACCGGUCCGGCAUGCAGAACCUGACCGAGUUUAUCGGCAGCGAGCCCUCCAAAAAGCGCAAGCGGCGCACCUCGUUCACGCCGCAGGCCCUGGAGAUCCUCAACGGCCACUUUGAGAAGAACACGCACCCGUCGGGACAGGAAAUGACCGAGAUCGCCGAGAAGCUCAACUACGAUCGCGAGGUGGUGCGCGUUUGGUUCUGCAACAAGCGCCAGGCGCUUAAAAACACCAUCAAGCGUCUCAAGCAGCCCGACGUGCUGGGUGGCGGCGCCGCGCUGCCGCCGCCCGCCCUGGACCUUGGGGACCCGCUUCGCGACAUCCCCAAAUGAAAAGCCCAUUUCCCGGACUCUUGAAAAACUUGCUGUCGUCCUUGUGAUUUUCACCUUACCAAAAAAACAAAAAAAAAUUGAGAUUACAAUGUGAGGACGUCGUACAGGGGUGCUUUGACUUACCGUUUGACGCCCUGUCCGAUUCAUUUGAACGAUAUACAAAUGUAUGACGCCAUCUUGUGGUAUGCUGUCAAAGUUGAGUUGAUCUUUAAAGCUUUGGGUAAUGUGCAUAAGAUGUGAAAGUUUUAACAAAACAAAUUUAACAGCAAAAGUUCUAACUUGCCGGAAUUAGCAUGGUUUUUUCCAGUUUCCAAUUUGUUUCGUAAUGUAACAUUACGACAUUUUAUUGCAACUGGCUUUUUCGGAAUAUUGAGACAAUUGUCCGAAUAUACUCAUUUGUGGUCAUGUGUUUUUUUCCUAAUGUUAUGACUUAUGUCUCAAAAGUAACAGCAUUUUAUUUUAACUUUAUGACUGUUUUUAUUACCACGUUUUUCUGUGUACAGGUAGUCCCCAGGUUAUGAACUAGUUCCUUUCCUACGCUGGCGACGUAAAUCGAAUUUGCGUGGCAAUCGGAAUUAACCCUUUAAGUACCCCUAAACCUCAAAAUAAUUAUCCAAAAACAUGUAUUAUGUGGCAUUUGACAUUUGAGCUAAGUCCUAGCUCAAGUGCCCGUACUUUUUAACCUGUGUACAUGCGCUCUUACUCUCGUGUGGGAGUCAAAGGGAAAAACAUUCACAUUAAUAAAAUUAGGUAAAAAAUAAGACCACAAAAAAAAACACUUGAGACAAAAUGGCAGAUGUGACGCCGACGUCGUAAAGUCGAAACUCAGGGACUACCUGUGUUGUUAUUUGUAUGUCAUCUUUGUAUCACAUUAGUUGUGCAAGUAACGAUGUUACAUCAUAAAAUGGUGACAUUUUUUUGUUAGUUUACGUCUUUAUUCGUGAAAUAUAAUUUCUUACUAAAACAUCGGAAAUUGCAAAUUAGAUAUCAUAACGUGAUUUUUUUCAUUGAUUUUUUUAAUUUAAUGAGUUAUGACCUCAUCUUUGGAGUACAAUGUUUUUUUUUUUUUUUUUUUUUUUAAUUUUGCAAAUUACGACAUUUCAUCAAAACGUGACUUCUUUUUGGAAUAUGUAAUGAAUGAAAAAUGAAUGAAAUUUGCAUUUUGCGAGUAAAAGUUUAACUCUGUAGUUUAAAGUUCCAUCCAUUUUUGACCUCUGUGAAGUUGGCCACACGCAUCAGACGCAAAUUUAUAUAAAAAUGAUGUCAAUCGUUUGUGCUACGUUUGUGCUUGUUUGUGCUGUAAAAAGUUUUGUUUGUGCUCCGAUCGUUCAUAUAUUUACCAUUCUUUCAUAGGUCAAUCUGAGGUAACUAGCCCCCCAUUUUCAAAAAUGGUGUCAAUCACUUAGGCUUCAUUUGUGCUGUAAAAAUUUUCGUUUGUGCUUUUUAUAGAUAUUGAGAUAUUAAUUUCGAGUAAU